AUGGCAGUUUUGGUGAAAACUUGUUGCUGUGGCUGCAGCCUUCGUAGCCGCGUUGUGAUUCUCGGAAUAAUUGGCUUGCUUGGAUCAGCAUAUUCAAUUUAUCAACAAAGCAAUUCUUUCAAAGUUUACAAGUAUUUAGAGGAAAACGCCGACGAAUUCGAACUCAGCCAAAAUUUGCCUUUCAGCAAAAGGUGUUUCGUGGGUAUUUGCAGCUUGGGUUAUGUUUACCACGCAUUCAAAGUCAUCUCACUAUUAAUGAACCUGUUGCUUCUGGGAUCCAGCUCAGGUGAAAAGCGUUUGGCAUAUCCUUGGCUUGGGUGGAGCAUCUUCGAGCUCUUUUUCAAUUUUGGAGCGACGAUAUCUUACAUUGCCAUCUGGAACGGGUUUCCCGCCUUUUCAAUUAUUUACAUCACUGGAUGGUUGCUGUCGAUUUACUUCAUCGUCGUGGUGUAUUCGUACAUCGAAGCCCUUCGCGAAGAUCCUUCGGGAACGAGUGCAGGAUUUUCUCCCCCUUUGACAAGUGUUAGCCAAACCCAGAUGGUAAUUACAUUUCCAUUGUUUUAA